UCAAGUCUUUAAAUAGUGCCGUCCCUUGUCCGGGUUCCAAAACUUUGUGAAAACGUUCUGUGGAAAAAUUUCUGUGGAGUAUUUUGGUGGCAAAAAAAAAAAAAGAAAAGAAAAAGACAUGAGUGGAUGUCCAUUUCUAGGGAAAACUCACCAUUUCAAAACCAAUCCCAGUGAGAUAGAGGAGGAAGAUGAUUCCAAACACAGCACCAACAAAGCCACCAAAGGUGAAAUUGUUUAUGGAGAAUACCUCCAGCUGGAUAAGGUUAUUAAUGCUCAGCAACUGCAGAGUGAACUGAAAGGCAACAAAAUCCAUGAUGAGCAUCUGUUCAUUGUCACCCACCAAUCCUAUGAGUUGUGGUUUAAGCAGAUCAUGUGGGAGCUCGAUUCGGUUCGGGAACUGUUCAUUCACAAUCAUGUUCGCGAUGAGCGGAACAUGCUGAAGGUGGUGAGCCGCAUCCACAGGAUCACUAUGAUCUUCAGGCUGCUGGUGGACCAGUUUGCUGUGCUGGAGACCAUGACUGCUUUGGAUUUCUUUGAUUUCAGGGAAUAUUUGUCCUCAGCUUCAGGGUUCCAAAGUCUUCAGUUUCGUCUUCUUGAGAAUAAGUUUGGCGUUUCUGAGAAAUUGAGAGUUCCCUACAACCGCCGUCACUACAGGGACAAAUUCCAGGACCAGGAGAGUGAGGCAUUGCUCAGAACGGAGCAAGAGCUUACGCUCCUUCAGCUUGUAGAGAAAUGGCUGGAGAGAACACCUGGUCUUGAAAGGGACGGGUUCGACUUCUGGGGAAAGCUCCAGGCAAACAUUGAGGAAGGUCACAGGGUGGAGAAGCAGAAGCUUGAGAAUAUGCCAAACUGCGAGAAAAAGCAGGACAUGCUGGCGGAUCUCUCUAAGCAGAUCGAAGUGUUUACUUAUCUGUUUGACUCCAAACAUCACGAACAUCUUUUAAGCAAAGGAGAGCGCCGGCUGUCCUACAGAGCCCUUCAGGGAGCCCUAAUGAUUUACUUUUACAGAGAGGAGCCUCGGUUUCAGGUGCCGUUCCAGCUUCUGACAUACCUGAUGGAGAUUGAUACACUUAUGACCAAAUGGAGAUAUAAUCAUGUGUGCAUGGUGCACAGAAUGAUCGGCAAUAAAGCAGGCACAGGCGGCUCUUCGGGUUACCAUUACCUGCGCUCGACUGUCAGUGACCGUUACAAAGUGUUUGUGGAUUUGUUCAACCUGGCUACGUACCUGGUCCCACGGGCUUGGGUGCCCAAACUGAACCCCACCAUGUACAAGUUUCCUUACACAGCUGAUUGCAAUGACAGCUCAUACAGCUCCAGUGGCUCCUGCAGCAGUGAGGACGAAUGAACAAAUGCAUCGCGCUGGCAUGACGGCGAUGUUCAGACACACUAAUUCUCACGAAUGAAAAUGAUUGCUGUUUGUAUUUUUGCCUGCUGAUUUGUGCAGGUUGUGAAUAUUUCAUCCGUAUUCCUCAUUUGUAAUUCAUAGAAUUCAUAGUUGAUAGUAAGUCAUAGUUUGUUUAUUAAUUGUGUCAUAAUU